AUAGUUUGGAGACCGAUCAGCCGUUCGACGGCAACGCGAGCAAAGAGCGCACACCCAAGCGGUGGAUCGGUGCAGCGGGAGAGCGUUUAGGUAUAAUUUGAAACCGCUGUCGCACUGAUUGCGUGCGAUAGCCUCCACAACUAUAGAGUAAAACAACAAAAGUCAGCAAUCAGCUUGGACUUGAAACUCGGAAGCUCAGUCGAAGCUUUGUUGUAGCAUUCGCGGUGUACUCAUUAUCAGUCGUGGACACAGCAGUGACGGUUAAACAACCAACGCUUGGCGAACGGAGCUCGACAUUAGCGCUCAGCGAUUAGCGUAUAAAGCAGACAGCAAAGGUUUACGCUGCUUCGAUUGACAAAGCAAAAAGUAAUAAACAGCUAAAAUAAAAUAAAAUAAAAACUGAUAAUUUAAUAAGCGUACAACAAAAACAACGAAAUUCGUGAAAAAGUGUAGUGAAAAAAGGCAAAAGAAAUAAACACAUUUACUUUUAGGUGAAGUAGGAAAUAAUAUAGCGUGUUUUUCGGGCUUCGCUUACAGGUAGACACAUAAGCGAGUGUGCAAACAGAAAUAUAUCCAGUGGAAAUACCAGUCCGAGUGUUGAUUUGAAUUUUCGCUUGAGCGAACACGACGCACGUGUUGAUGUCGCGGAUGUGAUAAGAACCCAUAGCCCAAACAGCGCUCGGUGUAUGAGACAAAACUCACGCUUCUGGGAAAUUCGAGUAAAGUGUGCCCAAUUUGUAAAGCUAAUCGUUAAAUAUUUUUCGUGCUGUGCAGCAAGUGAGCCUUGUGUCUUGUGCCUUGAAUACCCUGCCCAAUUAUUUGCUGUGACAAAGCGUACUGCGCUGAUUCAGAGAGCUUAAAAAUGCCGCGCACAACUUCUUGGCGAUUGCGGCCGGCUUUGCCGCUCUUGUUGCUGUCUUAUUUAUUUCUGAUAGUUACCCCCAUUGCUGGUCACAUUUACGAUUAUCGCGCAAUUCGUCAAAAACGUUCACCCAAUGAGAGUGUAGAUCGUUCAAAAUCGACCACAAAUACGAAGGUACCAAAUGAUUUCGACUUGGGCCGUAUUUUCAAAAUUGGUGAAGGUCCAGGCCUUGUACUUUUUAAUGACACAACGCAUUCGGCACAAAAAGAUGUUAUGUUUAAAGUGCAAAGAUCACCCGACGGCAAACUGAACGUGAUUUUUAACGAUUUUCUCAUUUUCCAGACGACAACUUCGGGUACACCCACGAAUAACAACUACCAGCAUAAUCAAAAUGCACAUCGUACAAAUGAUGCGAUUAUCUUUCCCGAUGAACUUGGCAUGCUUACAGACGAAUAUAUCUGCAAUGAACGACGGGAGGGCAAACCCUAUUGCUUGGACGUGCCAAAUUACGAAGAGUCCACAGGGUUGAAUCAAAUUGAUUCGCAAAAUUUUGAGAAAUUCAAAUCAUAUUUCAAAGACGAUAUCUUGCAAACGCCAAACAUAACGCAACGUAUGAACACGGAUCCGCAGGAAGAGUACUACUGCUCCAGCACCCCACAAUUAAUAUAUCCGAAAUCUGCAGAGACGAAAGAAUCAAAAUGGAUGUUGGUCGUGCAGCAUCCGAAUCACAAGCAGGGAAUUUUAGUGGAGCAAUGCGACAAAGAGGCCGAGCCGUGCCGAUUUGACGACUUAUUGCCAAAGUUUUACACAUCGCGUUGUAAACAGAGUUACAUAUUUAGAACCAUGAUUGUGUCGGUGAACGGCAAAUUGCAGGAGGAACAGGUGAAAAUGCCCAGCUGCUGCAAAUGCGUUUUGCGUCACAGUCAAGAUGCCAAUUUUUCAUGGACAAUUGCAAUUCCAACAAACAACAGCAGCAAUGAAUCGAGCAAUCAUAGUGAAGUGGUUGUGGCCAACAUUACAGAGCGCUCGCCAUUGGAUAAUAUUAGUUCGGAAAAAAUCAAAAAUGAUGCAGUCACAGAGCCAACUAGAGCACAAAUCGUUGAUUCGGAGGAGAUAGAACUCUGCGAGUCUGAAACGACGUUAAUGUAUCCAAAAUCUGUAAUGUCCAAGAAUUCCGAAUGGUUUAUGUCUGCCGACCAUAAGCAAAGUUUCCUUGUGGAGCUGUGUUUGAGAGUCGACCAUAAAUGCAAGUUUGAUGAUGCUUUCCCUCUGGGCUUUACUUCAAGUUGCGUCCAGCGCUACAACUAUCGACCGAUGCUUGUAGUCGUCAAUGGCGAAGUGAAGGAGGAAUUAGUAAGAUUGCCAUCUCAUUGCAAAUGCGUAUUAAAACCGCGACACAAAAUAUAAUGAAAAAUAUUAAGAAAGUGAACAACUUUUCUGUGGGCUGUAGACAACGGAUUAUGAUGCGAAUUAAUAUUAUAUAUACAUAUAUACUCGAUAAAAACAAUUUAUUUAUGAAAAAGCAUAUACUCAUAUUAUUUAUACAUAUAUUAUUAUAUAUACAUUUACUUGUGGGGUAGUUUUAGUUUUCUGGUUUUAAUAAAAGCAAAUAAAAUAUAGAAUUUAUUUAA